CGCAAGGCCUACGAAAAUGCUUUCUCUUAUUCUCUCUGCCGAACUUUCAGGUGUCACUGGACUAUGUCCCCGGGACACAGAGGAGGAGCCCUACUACUAUACUUUCAAGGUUCAAUGUACCUCGUGCCGCGAGACGCACCCAAACUGGGUGAGCUUCAAUCGUUUCGAACAGCAUGAAAUCCCCGGAAGCAGGGGAGAAGCGAAUUUUGUGUGGAAAUGCAAGCUUUGCCAGAGAACCCACUCCGCCUCUAUUAUGACAGGUCCAAAGGCCUACGAGGCUGAUGAUAAGCGGAAGGGACAGAAGGUGAUUGAGAUUGAGUGUCGUGGGUUGGAGUUUACCGAGUUCAAGUCUGAUGGAGACUGGGAAGCCAAGGGAACUGAGUCUUCUACGCCAUUCACGGGUAUUGAUCUGUCCGAGGGCGAAUGGUACGAUUACGACGAGAAGGCUGGUGAGGAAGUUUCCAUUAAGGAUAUUAGCUGGGAAGUGGGAAGAGCGUAAGAAGCUUCGCACCGCUUGUCUUGUUGAGAUGGAAUCUUCUGCGAACUGGGGG